AUGCAAUGGUAAAAACCGAGAAACGACAAAAAGCAAGCCGGGGCAGCGGCGGCAACACUACGGGCAAAACGCGAGCAAGAUUGCAGAACAUGAAGUUGGUUUGGACAACCCCAACGCCUCAACCGAAAGGAAACAUCGGCAGAAAAAGAUUGGGACGGAAUCGAUCGGAACGAAUGAAGCACGAUAGGAGACCAUUGGGUGUGGUGUGGGUCUUUGCUUUGUGUGUUGGAUGGGUGCGUCUCCAUUCGYWUACCGACAGAUUCGUGCACGGAUUCUUCUCCGCGGCAAUGCAACCCCGAYUGUUACUUCGGACGUGUCUCCUCCGUAUUCCCGAUAGAGAAGGAGCAAGCCACGUCGUCAUUCCAGGCGGGCCGAGUCGUCCAAGAUUGUUCUGUMCUCCUGCUCGUUGUUUUGUUCGCGUGUACCGGCCGACUAUUCCAGCCRCUCGGGCGUCGUCUCUCCUGGUUUCUGUAUCACUGCUKUAUCUAGAGCUCGCCGCCGGCAGCCUUCUUGUUGUAGUCGCCGAUCGCGUCGAUCAUGGCCUCCGCAAGGGUGAUGUCCGGGCGUUCGUCUCCAGCUGGGUCGUCAUCCGCUUCGGCAACGCGAGCAAUUUGCACAACGCCGUCGACGAUGUAGAGGGCAAAGCGCUUGCUUCGGUUGAUCAGGCCCACCAUUUUGGGACCGGCCGCCGUCAUCUCCAUGUCCAGGGCCGCCGUUACUUCCCCAUAGGGAUCGGCAUAUAGAUGCAAGAUGGUGUCUUCGUCAUCCUCUGCAUCUGCCAUGCACUUGACGCCCUGGUYUUCGGCCCAAGCUGCCAUGACGGCCCCAUCGUUCACACAGUAGACCAUGAUAUCAUCCACACCCA